AUGGCGUGGGACAUGUGCAACCAGGACUCUGUAUGGAGUGACAUCGAGUGUGCUGCUCUGGUUGGUGAAGACCAGCCUCUUUGCCCAGAUCUUCCUGAACUUGACCUUUCUGAACUAGACGUGAACGACUUGGAUACAGACAGCUUUCUGGGUGGACUCAAGUGGUGCAGUGACCAAUCAGAAAUAAUUUCCAAUCAGUACAACAAUGAGCCUUCAAACAUAUUCGAGAAGAUAGAUGAAGAGAAUGAGGCAAACUUGCUAGCAGUCCUCACAGAGACACUGGACAGUCUCCCUGUGGAUGAAGACGGAUUGCCCUCAUUUGAUGCGCUGACAGAUGGAGAUGUGACCACUGACAAUGACGCUAGUCCUUCCUCUAUGCCUGACGGCACCCCUCCGCCUCAGGAGGCAGAAGAGCCGUCUCUACUUAAGAAGCUCUUACUGGCACCAGCCAACACUCAGCUAAGUUAUAAUGAAUGCAGUGGUCUCAGUACCCAGAACCAUGCCAGCCAUAACCACAGGAUCAGAACAAACCCUGCAGUUGUUAAGACCGAGAAUUCAUGGAGCCAUAAAGCGAAGAGCAUUUGUCAACAGCAAAAGCCACAGAGACGUCCCUGCUCGGAGCUUCUCAAGUAUCUGACCACAAACGAUGACCCUCCUCACACCAAACCCACAGAGAACAGGAACAGCCACAGAGACAAAUGCACCUCCAAAAAGAAGCCCCACGCACAGUCACAGGUGCAACAUUUACAAGCCAAACCAACAACUUUAUCUCUUCCUCUGACCCCAGAGUCACCAAAUGACCCCAAAGGUUCCCCAUUUGAGAACAAGACUAUUGAACGAACCUUAAGUGUGGAACUCUCUGGAACUGCAGGCCUAACUCCGCCCACAACUCCUCCUCAUAAAGCCAGCCAAGAUACCCCUUUUAGGGCUUCUCCAAAGCUGAAGUCCUCUUGCAAGACUGUGCUUUCACCACCACUGAAGAAGGCCCGGUACAGCGAGUCUUCUGGGACCCCGGGAAACAGCUCCACCAAGAAGGGGCCCGAGAAAUCUGAGUUGUACGCACAGCUCAGCAAGACCUCGGUGCUCACCAGUGGCCAGGAGGAAAGGAAGACCAAGCGGCCCAGUCUGCGCUUGUUUGGUGACCAUGACUAUUGUCAGUCACUGAAUUCCAAAUCGAAAAUACUCAUCAGUAUUUCACAGGAGCUCCAAGACUCCAGACAACCAGACUAUAAACAUGCGUCCUCUGAUUGGCAGGGGCAGAUUCGUUCUUCCACAGACUCAGACCAGUGCUACUUGAGAGACACUUUGGAGGGGAGCAAGCUGGUCUCUCCUUGCAGCACCAGGAAACAGCUCCAAGACCAGGAAAUCAGAGCUGAGCUGAACAAGCACUUUGGUCAUCCCAGUCAAGCUGUUUUUGACGACGAAGCAGACAAGCCCAGUGAACUGAGGGACAGUGAUUUCAGUAACGAACAGUUCUCCAAACUACCUAUGUUUAUAAAUUCAGGACUAGCCAUGGAUGGCCUGUUUGAUGACAGCGAAGAUGAGAGUGAUAAACUGAACUACCCUUGGGAUGGCACGCAAUCCUAUUCAUUGUUCGAUGUGUCGCCUUCUUGCUCUUCUUUUAAUUCUCCGUGUAGAGAUUCAGUGUCGCCACCCAAAUCCUUAUUUUCUCAAAGACCCCAAAGGAUGCGUUCGCAUUCCAGGUCCUUUUCUCGACACAGGUCAUGUUCCCGGUCACCGUAUUCCAGGUCAAGAUCAAGGUCCCCAGGCAGUAGAUCCUCUUCAAGAUCUUGCCACUACUAUGAGUCAAGUCACUGCAGGCACCGCACACAUCACAGCUCUGCAUUGUGUGGGGCCUUGUGCUCCAGGUCACCCUGCAGCCGGAGGCACAGGUAUGACAGCUUCGAGGAGUAUGAGCACGAGAAGCUGAAGAGGGAAGAAUACCGCAAAGAGUAUGAGAAGCGGGAGACUGAAAGGGCCAAGCAGAGGGAGAGGCAGAGGCAGAAGGCAAUUGAAGAACGCCGUGUGAUUUAUGUCGGUAAAAUCAGACCUGACACAACACGCUCAGAACUGAGAGACCGUUUUGAAGUUUUUGGUGAAAUUGAGGAGUGCACAGUAAAUCUUCGGGAUGAUGGGGACAGCUAUGGUUUCAUUACCUACCGUUACACCUGUGAUGCUUUUGCUGCUCUUGAAAAUGGAUACACUUUGCGCAGGUCGAAUGAAACUGACUUCGAGCUAUACUUUUGUGGACGCAAGCAAUUUUUCAAGUCUAACUAUGCAGACCUAGAUUCAAACUCAGAUGACUUUGAUCCUGCUUCCACCAAGAGCAAGUAUGACUCUCUGGAUUUUGAUAGUUUACUGAAAGAAGCUCAGAGAAGCUUGCGCAGGUAA